UAUUCUGGGCAGAAAUUUCUUUCUUCUCCUCCAGAAAUUUCUGGACUGAUUUCAAUCGCUAGAAAUACUUCCUUCCCCUUCCCCCCAAAUUCCAUCUUUAAAGAUCUUACCAAUUUAUUGAUUGAUUUCCAUUUCAGUCGGACGUUUCGAUCAAUCGCCUUGGGGCAAGUAUUGUCGUUAUGUCUAUGCGGCACGGGUAUUUCCAGUCAGUUGCUUUCAAAUCGAGGAGUUAACGCUCCGGCUGCUCAGUCGUUCACAAAUUAUUUUCUACUGUGUUUCGUCUAUUGUACUGCAUUGUCAUGCAAGACUGGUGAUGAAGGUCUGUUAGGAGUGAUGAGGCGGCGAGGUUUACAGUAUUUUGUGUUGGCACUGAUCGAUGUCGAAGCAAAUUAUAUGAUUGUAUACGCCUAUCAAUUUACGAAUCUAACUAGUGUACAGCUCCUUGACUGUUCCACGAUACCAAUGGUGCUACUGCUCUCUUGGCUAUUUCUUUCGGUCCGAUAUUUAAUUUCGCAUAUUAUAGGUGUUUGUAUUUGUUUAGUAGGUAUCGCUUGUCUAAUAUGGGCUGAUAUACUGGAUGGUAAAGGCAGCAUAGGAGGUGAUUCUAAACUCAUUUUGUCUUCUAAAUGUAUCCCUGGAAGUCUUCUCUGGGGACUCCGGAAUCGGAAUAAAAACAAAAAUUAA